AUGGAAGAAAUUGAAAUCCUCAAGAAAGACCUAAACACGGAAAAGGUUUUCUACGACUUGAAUUGGCACGAACUGGCUCUGGACAGCUCGUUCGCCCCGUCUGUUUAUGAAAAAUUCGAUCCUUUCAAAAUUGGUGAACACGGGAAGUUACCAUAUAAAACGCAGGAUAAUGAAAAAAAUGGGCACGUCGAUAGCUACCUAGCAGGGGAGCACAUUCACCAGGUGGAGAGAAAUAAAAUCCCUAGAGAUGACGCAGGAGGUACCCUACUAAAGCACCGAACCAUGCAUCAGAAUAAGAAAGUGGACAAAGGGGGUAGGCCAGACAGUUCGGCCAACUCAGGGAAUAGCCGGGGACGCCCCCGACGGAGACGCCAAAAAAGAGGCACCUCCAACGGACAAAAACAUCGCCUGAAUGAAGCGGAACCCAUUCCAAGCACCCCCAUCCAGUUUUGCACACCGGACAUUCCACGCCAAAAGAAGAGGCAAGAAGAAAUAAAAAAAUGCGACUUCAUAGAGGAAAUAAAAUCCCCCCAUUCAUCCAGUCCAGUGAACUUUAUCCCCCCCGUGGACAUCCUCUACGAUGAAGAGAAGGUUGUAUUUUAUUUUUUCAUUUCAGGAGACUUACAGAACUUUAACAUUUCUUCAAACAAUAAUUAUGUAACAAUAUCUGGCAGGAAAAUCCCCUACGAUGUUCACAGAUUUGCCAAUUAUUACUCCCACGAAAUCAGGGGGGGCUAUUUUGUGCGCAGCUAUCUUUUCAUGAAGCCCAUUCAGCAGGAGAAAAUUCGUUAUGAGCACAGAGACGGGGUCGUCAAGGUGUUUGUCUUCCUUUCCAAGGAGGUGGAGGGAUGA